GGCAGAGCAAACAGGAAACGAGCAAAAAAAAAACCCCUACGGAAUUCGCUGCGGAAGAAGGGAGGGGAAACACGCGGCCGACGAUGCUGGCGCCGCAGAGCCUGCGGAAGGCGGCCGUCCCGCCGGCCCUGCUCUCCGACCCGACGCCCGGCAGCCUCCAGCCCACCCGCCUCGCCGUCCACGUCAAUGGCGCCGGCUCCUCCUGCUCCGCCUACCUCGCCUCCGGCUGCCGCGUCUACAAGAUCGAGAUAAGCAUGGACGGUGCAAUGCCGUCCAAAGGAAAGGAGAGCCUUUUGAUUCCUGAUAGUGCUCAGGUCAUAAGCUCGUCAAUUGUGGAUCACUGCCCGCAUCGUUCUGAGAUUCAGAGUGUAGCUCUUGCAGAGGGCGAAGGUGACAACUGCUUGAUCCUGGGAACAGUUGACUCGUAUGGUCAUCUUAUUGUAUCUCGCUUGGACAUCAUGACUGAUGACAUUAACAGGACAUCCUAUUCAGUACCACCUCGUGAUUGUGGUGUUGGGGAAGGCAGUUGGGCUGGGAUAUGCUUUAGCCCAACUCAGCGAUCCAUGGCAGCCGUUGCUCACCAGUUAUGCAAGAGUAUUGACUUCUACGAUCAGGACUUUCAUGUUCGCAGUUUGCGCACGUUAUGGUAUCCAUCUUCAUUUAGCUUUGUUCAAUGCUCGCCACAUGUGAAUGAAAGCAAUUCUCUGUUGGCAAUUGCUGAAGGUUCUCAGCUGAGCAUCUGGGACUUAAGAAUGAACAGCAAUGGGGGAUGUGUACAGCGCAUUUCUGGAUCCAUUGGAGAUGUUAUAUAUUCUGUCUGUAGUUCGCCUUCAGGGCUAAUUGCUAUUGGUGGAACAGACCGUGCUGUCACCAUCUAUGAUCCUCGCAGGUGGUCUGCUUUGUCAAGAUGGGUGGGCUGCUCCAAGUAUGAGAUUACAGGCCUUUCAUUCUCAUCAGUUGACCAAUCUUUCAUCUACGUCCAAGGUGUUGACUAUGAGAUUACCUGUGGGCGUUGGAAAGAAAGUGAACGAGCAUUCUCAUUUCGAGGCGAUUCCAAUUGGUUGGGUUUUUCAAAGUGUGCCAAUACUGAUGUGGUGGCAGGGUGGUGUGAGUCCGGUAGUAUCUUCAUCGCUGAUGCUAGGCAGCUGUAGGAGACAAUUACCUUCAUAUGAUCUCCUGGAGCUCCGGAAAGGCCAUCGGGGCGUAACAUUUGCUGUUUUUUUUUCAUGGUACGAACUUGAUCUGACUUCUUGAGUCACAAUCAUUCAUGAAUAUUCCCUAGAGGGAAUUAUGCUUAACUCUCUAGUACUGAAUAGCUUGCAAAACUGAUGCACCGACCAUCAGAGGUCUUGAAAACCAUGGCGUGUCUUGUGUCAGAUCGAACGCAGCAAAUUGAAUUCGAUAGUUGCUCAAGAGGGUAUUAUGUUGUACAGUAUCACUAAUAGUUUUGUUUUAUUUUACUUAGUAUUUACCUUCCGUU